GCGCCUGCCUCGCGCGCGUGCGCUCGCUUGCCCUAAAAUCGCUCUGCGCGUCCCCGCUCGUCGCUCUGAAAUGGUUCGCUCCACAGCAACCGAGGGGACGUAAAAAAACGUAUACUUAUCCGGGGAUCUACCAAAACGACAGGACAGGCUAACCCGGGUACAUUUAGAUCGGAAUAGGAUGUCAACAAUUAUUAUCGAUCGGCUAUGCGCAGUCAGGCUCAUACACAAAGAGAUAUGCUGCUCGGUGCAGUCGUUCACCAGCUGCCUCAGCUAUUAGACAUAAUUACAGCGGCACAGUAAUCAUUGCCAGGAGUGGGACGCGACUGAGUGGGUGUCCGUACGUGGCACGCUUAUAGACGCACCGCAGCAGGAUCACACCGAGGCAAAUCGCUGUGGUCUGCAACCCCGCCGUGCGUGCGUACACUGCGUGGACAACAUUAGCAUCGGGCAUCAGCGCCGGAUGGGGCGAUCAUAGGACGCGAAACAGGCGACUGGCUGGGAUUGCGAGAGAUGCUGCUCACCGACGCGCCUUCCUGGAUCGUGCGACUCAGCACAGGAGGCAGCCGAAGGACACAGAACUAUUGCGAGGGUGUAUGUUGUGGGACUGGUGACAUCCCAUAAUAUCCCUGCUGGCCCCCAUCCCUCGCCCCCCCGCCCCAUCCCCCCCCGCUGAACCCCUACUGCAACUACUGCCAGUUUCACUCUCACUCUCCACGACCUGGUCACCAUGACGACGACCUUGCAGACGCUGCUGGCCUCUAAGUUGGACCCGCCCUCCCAGGACGUGGGCUCCGAGCGAUUGGACGGCUGUGAGGAUGGGGGCCGGCGCUAUGAGGUUGUGCCCUCGGUGGUCUGCUCCAUGUGCUGCCUCUUCGGCAUCAUCUACUGCUUCUUCGGUAAGUCAUGUGAUCAUGAUGAGCAGAGGAUUAUGGGAGUUCUGGGUCUGAUGUUAUUUCAGGUCAUCAUCUUCAUGCUCUGCUACAAGGGCCGUCUGGUGCUGGCCAGCGCUGGCGUGGAGGCGUCGGUGGGCAUCGGUCUGGGCAUCGGCACGCUGUGCGGCCUGGUCACCAUGCUGGUGCGCAGCGUGGGGCUCUUCAUGGUGGGGCUGCUGCUGGGGCUGCUCUAGACGUGGCUGGCAGGCAUGGAGGGCACUGUCGAAAGGCGGCUCGCCCGGCGCACCGAAUCUGGUCAGCUGGGCGUCCUCCUCGGCCUGGGCAUGCUCUUCGCCGUGCUGACCCUCCAGUGGCAACGCUGCUUCGUCACGCUGUCCACCGCCGUCUUCGGCGCGGCGGUCAUCGUGGUGGCCGUGGACUUCACCAUUGGAGGUGUUCGCACUGGUCGCCCCUCGUGCUGGAAGCGGGUCAAAGGCUUUUCGCCCAGCGAUACCCGGCCCGUCUGCUGGGUCACCUGGGUGGUGCUGGGCACCUGGCCGGCCCUUGCCCUGCUGGGGGUGCUGGUCCAGUGGAGGGUCACGGCCGAGGGAUACUCACACACUAAAGUGGUCAUCAGCAGGCAGCAGAGACGUGUCCAGCUGAUGCGUAUCCGCCAGAAGGAGGAUCGGCGUGAGAGCGGACGCAAGAAGAAGAGGAAGCAGCCGCCCACAUCCUCACACACACACACACGCUUAAAGCCAUAAAAUGAAUACAGCGCAAGCCCCUAUACCCUCGCCCGAUUAAAUGCUCGGCCUAGUUACAUCCAGAGUUUCCGAGACAGGCAGGUGGAGGCGCGGGCGUACCCAGUGGGGCGGCUGUCAGGAGGACACACCUCCGUGGACAUGGACUACGACUGCGGCUCCACCGUGCCCUUGACCUCUGCCGCCGCCGCUGCGGUCGCUGCCGGACCCUCCAACCUCCGCAUCUGACCUCUGACCCCUCAACUCUGACCUCUGAGGUCACGCCUGCAUCAGAGCUGCAUAGGGGUGGAGGCUGGCUGGCUGGCUGGCUGGUGUGUGUGUGUGUGAUGUGUGAGUGUCAACACUGGAUCAGGGAUGCCUCGAGCAGGGUUCAAAACUUUCACUCAAACAAAAACUGCAUACACACAUGCAUACAAACACAUACAGACAUGUGGACUCACUCACACACACACACAAACACACACACGUAAAAGCAUACGCACACACAUGCACAAAGGUGAGCCCUGUGUUGCUGGAUAUGGUGCCACACUGAAUGGACCCCUGUAUGCCGUGGACAUGACCUACAGGAGGACCAGCUGAAGCCAAUAAAAACAAAACGCACACACACACACGUUUACACACCCACCUUCACUUUACAUCACUUCCUGUGGAGAAGGCUUGACUUCCUCCCAUCUCCAGGUGCUCAAUUGUGUCCGUAACGUGACAGUGUGUCCUGUCAACAAGUCAGAUGUCUUCCCCCCCUCUCCAUUUUACUGGUGGACUCUGACCGUCUGCAUAAGUUUUAUGAUCUCUGUGUUCUGACUCAGGAUUGAACCAAAUCACACGUCAGGUGGGGGUGUGUGUGUGUGGUGUUUUUAAAUGCAGUUGCCCAGAGAGGAACAUGCCUGACUGUAGGAGCUGGUGAUGGACGAGGAGGAACGGUGGCCUUUCGUUUGACCGCAGGUCUGGACGAGGUCAGACGUGAACUGAACUGAUCUUUGAACUUUGAACUCCAGGUCACAAGGUCAGAACUGUUGACCUUUUGACCUCAGGAGGUGAAAUAUUCCUCACAGGAAAUAAGCAUCUUGCUCGCAGGGAACCUGAUCUGACGCAAAGCCGACUGUUGACUUUGAAAUGCAAACUUGUGAAGCGAGAGCAACAAAUACAUCUGUGGUGCACUCUAUGAUGUAAUGCGUGUGUCUCUGGUCGGGCAUGGGAGGCCUCAGAGAGGAUCAUGGGAAAUGGCAGGUGGUGUGUGUGUAUUGCCUGUUUUCCUUCACUUCCCUCCACAACUUCUCUCUCUCUCUCUCACUCACACACACACACACACACGCACACACAAGCACCAUCCUGUCCAGACCCUUUCCAUAGUUCCAUAAGACAGAUAUGCAUGUUCUAUGUCCCCUCCUACCAGUCUUCUCUCUCUCUCUCUCUCUCUCUCGCUCUCUCUCUCUCUCUCUCUCUCUCCCUCUAACUCUUCCUCCUCUUUCUCUCUCUCUCUCAUUCUUCCCCCAAUCUCUCUUUCCACCCCACCCACACCACUACCUUCACACCAUGGGAAAGAUGGCCUCUCAAUGUCUUUAGAUGUACAUUACUGUAAAUCAUUGAUCUUCUCUGGAGUUUUAAUUUGGUUUGUACAUACAACAGUACACACACAUACACACAUACAUACACACACACACACACACAUACAUACACACACACAUACACACACACAUACACACACACACAUACACACACAUACACACACACACACACACA